UGUUUGAUUGUCCCUUUUAAACGCAAAUAAAUCCUCUUCUCUUUUUCUCUCUCACAAUUCUAAGCCACAAACUUUUUCUCACUACUCGGUUUCUCCAACUUCCUAUACUUUCUCACUUCUUCAUUUGUGCUCCAACUUAAUUCUAUUGCUACAAAAGGCCACAACACAACAUCUCUCAAACCUAUGGAAGCUCAAGAGAUUUUUCAUACCAACUUAUUUCCUUCCUCCGACACAGCCACCAAUGUUAACACUGCUUCUACCGACCACUUCAUCGUUGAAGAUCUCUUUGAUUUCUCUAAUGACGACGUUGCCAUUACCGACCCAACUUCUCAAUCUCCUCCUACCAACUCCGAUUAUUCUCCCCCUCUUCAAAUCAACCUUGAUUCUAAUUUUUUAACCCAAAAUUCGUCUCCCAAAUCUCUCGACGCCCCUUUCUCCGGCGACCUCUCUGUCCCGUAUGAUGAUCUUGCGGAGCUAGAAUGGUUAUCAAAAUUCGCUGAAGAAUCAUUUUCGAACGACGACCUUCAGAAGCUACAAUUAAUAUCCGGCGUGAAGGCGUCCAAAAACGGCGCAUCAAAAACCCAUGAAGAGCCCAAUAUUAUAUUCAACCCUCAAGUGUCUGUUCCAGCAAAAGCUCGUAGCAAGCGAUCACGUGGGCCCCCAUGCAAUUGGACUUCACGCCUUCUCGUUCUCUCCCCAACUACCACCGCUGAAUCUUCUCAUUAUGACACUAUAUCCCCACCAAAGAAAUCCUCACCGAGAAAGAGGGACACCACUGAUGGAGGGGAAGGUCGUAGGUGUCUACAUUGUGCAACAGAUAAGACGCCGCAAUGGCGAACUGGGCCUUUAGGCCCAAAAACACUUUGCAAUGCGUGUGGGGUUAGGUACAAGUCGGGUCGACUAGUACCUGAAUAUAGGCCCGCAGCGAGCCCAACAUUUGUGUUAACUAAACACUCCAACUCACAUCGUAAGGUAAUGGAACUCCGACGCCAAAAGGAUGUGAUGAUGGCCCAACAACAACAAUUGUUGCAACUACAUCACCAUCAGAAUAUUUUGUUUGAUGUACCAUCCAACGGUGAUGAUUACUUGAUCCAUGAACAUGUGGGCCCUGAUUUCAGACACCUCUACAGUUAAUUUUACUCAUUUCUCCCCUAUCUAAUUUUUUAUGGGGACUUAUUUUCCUCGACAGUAACUUCAACUCUAUUUUGUUUGUGGUUUGUCGUAUGUAGACUGGCCUAGAUAAUUUUUCUUCAAGUCCUUACUUAACUGCCUUCAAAGGUUACAAACUCAAAUUUUACAUAAAGUCCUUUUCUUAACACUCUCAUACUGAGUUUUAUUGGACAUUA